CAGGAUAUGUGUCUUAUUCCGUAUCGUCAAUUUUCGAUCGACUGAUCCCUAUAACAGAGCUAGGGUAUAUAAAACUGUCUCUAACCUCGACAAAUCACUGCAGAGUGACCAUACAGCGGCCUACCUUGAACUUGUUUUCUACUAUCCCCUGUUCGUCUGGACAAUAGAUGUAUCAUGAGAACAUUAUUUAACAAAAGUGUUCAGAUAUUUCACGUAUGAUGAGGGAAGGGCAGCAGUACGAUUCUACCUAUUCCUUAUUUUACUAGUCCUCGGACAAGAAUUUACCUCCGCAAGAUAUGUAGAAAGGCCGCAGAACGGGCAACGAAACAUAAAGGGCAAAAGGGAAGAUGGGGGAACGUGUUUUAACUUAAAACACAAAGACAAAAGAGUAAGUUCGGUUUAUGUUUUAGUAGUCACCCUUUAUUUAUUGUAGUCUUAGCAGACUACCUCCCUUCUGUUUACACUGUUUACUGUUUUGUUUGGCAUUUGGGACCUCUACUCCCCACGUUCAGGCGGUCACUAUUUGCAAGUUCCAAUUUCUCAAUUGAAAGGGGUUUAAAUUGCUAGAUAAAUAUCCCUUUAUCUAAUCUAACACGGUUGCACUAAAUAUCAAGAUGUAAAUAAUUUCAAAUUCAAAGGUAAAAUGUGGAAAAAUCUAUGUACAAAAACACUUGAAAUGCUAUAUAAAAAUACUAAUACUAUUUAUUUAAAAUGUGGUUUCGCAUAUCUGGGAACGGAUAUCUAGCUGAAAAUCACCAAAUGCUGUGGAAAGUUAUCAAAUCCUGUGCGAGUAGACAGAGACUUACACACUAACACAAUCACAAGAAAUGAAGACACUUUACAAUGUGAUAGACAACAAUGCUCUUGCAGAUCUGGGAACGAAUAUCUACCUGAAAAUCACCGAAUGCUGUGUGAAGUUAUCAAAUCGUAAGCUGUGCGAGUAUGCAGAGACUUACAAAACACAAUCACGAGAAAUGAAGAAACUUAACAAUGUGAUAGACAACAAUGCUCUUGCAGCUAAAAAACUGCUCACAGAUAUCGAGCUGGGGUAUGGUCAAUUCCAGAUGGUUGCCACCAAGUUGAUAAGUAUUAUCAAGAUUUCGGACGAACUCCUGGAAGCGAUUCAUCCCGACAUUGUCAAGGAAUUUGACCAGAAAUGGACAGAAAUAAGGUGUUCAGAUAUUUCACGUACGAUGGGGGCAAGGGCAGCAGUACGAUUCUGCCUAUUCCUUAUUUUACUAGUCCUCGGACAAGAAUUUACCUCCGCAAGAUAUGUAGAAAGGCCGCAGAACGCACCAAGGAGCAUAGAGGACAAAAAGGAAGAUAGUGGAACGGUAUUAAGCAGUCAAAAGAGAAGUUUAGGAACUGCAUUUACGCCUGUGACAAUGAGCGCCCAAGUAGGCUUUCUACUUGUAGAUCUGGGAACGGAUAUCUACCUGAAAAUCACCGAAUGCUGUGGGAAGUUAUCAAAUCGUAAGCUGUGCGAGUAUGCAGAGACUUACAAAACACAAUCACGAGAAAUGAAGAAACUUAACAAUGUGAUAGGCAACAAUGCUCUUGCAGCUAAAAAUCUGCUCACAGAUACCGAGCUGGGGUAUGGUCAAUUCCAGAUGGUGGCCACUAUGUUGUUAAGUAUUAUCAAGAUUUCGGACGAACUCCUGGAAGCGAUUCAUCCCGACAUUGUCAAGGAAUUUGACCGGAAAUGGACAGAAAUAAGGGCUGCCAUCAGAGCGAAGAAUCAAACAGUGAUUAGGUGGUCGAACACAGAGUUGCAGACGGAGUUUCAGUCAGUGUUUGAUAGGGUUGACUCGGCGGUUAUGUCAAUUGCUGGCUAUUUAGCUUUUCUUAUUGACGGCGCCGUGAGGUUGGGCUACAAGCGGUACACAAUCAACAAGAUCAACAAGGAUUUGGCAAGCUUCGCGCAAGCCGGCAGUGGUGACUACAAACAGCUAGUGAAUGCGCGCCACACAAAGGCGGAUAAGGUUCUAGGCAUUGAUCGGCUCGAUGACUACAUCAAAAGCACCAAGACAAGCAUGAAGAAUGCGAGGCUUUCAAGCGGAUCAUCGGGCAAAUGGGCCAGUCGGUUGAAGACUACAUGGCGCGUCAUGGCGGGCGCCGCCACACUUGUCACAGAAGCACUGACCAUCUACUCGAUUAUAAAGAAACCCCAGCAGUGUGAUGCGAUGGAGAAGAAUGCACGAGAAGGGGCACACAAAAUCACCGCCGCAAACAACAACUUGAAAGAGCUCAAUAAAAAUAUUACAGAUUACAUGUCUUUUUUAAACAAAAAGGGAGCAGAGUACAUCAGAACCAAGCUCAGAGCUGAUGAUCUUCACAACACCCUGCGUAAUGUUGUGGCUAUGCUCGAUCAGGCCUCGGAUCGCAGUGCGAAUAACAGUCACGCAGCGUCCCUAAUACGAGAGUAUCUUGCCAAAAUUAACACGGCCUCGCUACCUGAGACAUACGACCUGAAUGUUAAACUCAGCAAAGGGCUAAGUCAAGUCGCGUAUCUCUAUAAAUGUUACCUGAACAAGGUCCAACUGGCGAAGUACGUGAUCAGGAAUUGCAAACAGGGUGCUGGCGAUCUUAGCACUAUCUGGCAUGAUGGAUCGAGAGAUUGGAGCACUGAAGAGAAGGAUUGUCUAAGCUACAACGGGAUCCCCUAUUACACAAUGAGUGAUGCCAGGAACGACGUGACGAGCACUGCCAAAAGAGAAGGCUUUUAUCCUCACUGUCACCUCAACAAAAAGAAUCAAAAGAAAAAACAUGCGGGUUAGUCAACAAGGGCGGGUGGUGGCCAAAAGAAGCAGCCAAAAUGGGCUGCCCAAGUAAAAGAUAACACAAAGGACUGUCCCCGGAACCGCUGUCGCCAAAAGAAAAAGCAAUGAUUUGCCUUCUACGGGCACGCUCAAUUAAAGACGUGGAAAUUGCCCUUAUUUAUAACUACCUCACGCUCGCACAAAUCAUGGCAGUUAAGUGCACUUGAUUCCCGCUUUAUCUCGGGAACAUCACUCUAGUUGAAAUAAUAACAUAAGAGAGGCUAAGAAAAGGGUUUCGGGUAAUGUCACAUUAUCAACCACAGGGAACCCCUAACAAGACAGGGAACCCAAACAGAACCACGCCGCUGGGGUGGGGUGGGGGGGGGGGGGGGCGUUGUCACUUGUAUAAGGCAUAUUCAAUAAUAGAAAAGGCAAGAGAGGAGCUAAUUGCUAUCAUUUGUUUGCCGCUAGAGCUAUAACUUUUUUUAUUAGAUUUUGUGCACACGAAAAUCAGACUGGCAUCUCCCAGUCAUAACGUUAGAACCAGAACCAUUGGAUUUACAGAAAAUGCGCCUGUACUUUACAACAUUCAACUAAUGCCAUGUACAUACAGAACUUAUGCUAAUCGUUUACUAAGAAUAUAUUAAUAAACCUACUUCAAAUAA